AUAUAGCCGUAAUCUGUCAAACCAGCGUGUUUAUAGUCCGAGCCUGCCCACAGCAAAUCAAAGAAGUGGAUGGAUCUACUGUCAGUACAGUAGGUUAAAUAUAGUGUCUGGAAAACAGAGAUCUCUUUCUAGCAUUAAAAGAAUCAUAACAAAUAGACGAGCCGUAAAAAUGCAGUACGAUUACAGCAAAAACAAAGAGGAAAAGCCCGAUCCUGUUAAAGCGGAUGUGAAAGACAUCCUAUGACGUGCAUGUACAGUAUAAGGACGUCUUUGUCAGUUGUUUUUUCUAAUACUGAUGGAAAACGUGCAGCGAAAGCCAUUUUUCAGUUGGCAGUCAAAGGGCAAACAAUAACUUUCAGCUGGAUUAAAUACAAAGGCACUCUCCCUGCCUGGUUACAAGGCACCCUGUUGCGCAAUGGGCCAGGCAUGUUCUCUGUGGGAGAGACCUCCUACAACCACUGGUUCGAUGGACUGGCACUACUGCACAGCUUCACUUUCAAAGACGGAGACGUGUUCUACAGGAGCAAAUUUCUGCGUGGAGAUACUUAUAAAUGUAACAUGGAGGCAAACAGAAUAGUAGUAUCAGAAAUGGGGACUAUGGCUUAUCCAGAUCCCUGCAAAAAUAUAUUUUCUAAAGCAUUCACCUAUCUCUCGCACACCAUUCCAGACUUCACAGAUAACUGUGGGACAAACAUUAUUAAAUAUGGAGAGGAUUAUUACGCCACGUCUGAAACCAACUACAUCCGGAAAAUUGACCAUGACACCCUUGAAACCUAUGAAAAAGUGGACUACCUCAAGUACAUUGCUGUAAAUUUAGUAACAUCUCACCCACAUUAUGGCAAAGAUGGUAGCAGUUAUAACAUGGGGACCUCUAUAGCAGAUAAGGGAAAGACCAGGUAUUCAAUCUUCAAGAUCCCACCUACUGCACAAGACAAGAAAAGCCCUUCUCUGAAGGACCUGGAAGUAAUCUGUUCAGUGCCGUGCCGCAGCCUCCUCACCCCCAGCUACUACCACAGCUUUGGGAUGACUGAUAAUUACAUCAUCUUCAUUGAGCAGCCUUUCAAACUGGACAUCCUGAAGAUGGCAACAGCUUACUUUCGAGGAGUCAACUGGGCCAGCUGUCUAAACUUCCAUUCUAAUGAUAACACACUGAUUCAUUUGAUUGACAGAAAGACCCAUAAGCCUGUGCCGACUAAGUUCAUCACUGAUGCUUUGGUGGUCUAUCACCAUGUCAAUGCCUACGAAGAGGAUGGCCAUGUGGUGUUUGAUGUCAUUGCCUACAAGGACAACAGUUUGUAUGACAUGUUCUAUCUAGCUAACCUGCAGGGGGGUCUGGACCAACCCAAGAAAAUGGGAAAACUGACCUCCAAGCCUGAAUACAAGAGAUUUGUUCUCCCACUGCACUCAGACAAGGGAGUAGAUGUUGGUAGUGACCUAGUCAAGCUGAAGUCUACAACAGCUGCUGCUUUAAAAGAGAAAGAAGGAAAAUUGUACUGUAAGCCUGAAAUACUCUUUGAAGGGGUUGAACUUCCAAGGAUUAACUAUGAUUUCAAUGGCAAGAAGCACAGAUAUGUGUAUGUAACAGGAGUGGAGCUGUCACCAGUGCCUACAAAGAUCAUGAAGCUGGAUGUUGAAACGAAGCAGAUGGUGGAAUGGAGUGAAGAAAAUUGCUGGCCAUCGGAGCCGGUCUUUAUUCCAGCACCCAACCCGCUGGAAGAGGAUGAUGGUGUUGUCUUGUCUGUGGUGGUUUGCCCAGAACCAGGGAAAUCUUCCUUCUUGCUUGUCCAAGAUGCCAGAUCCUUUGGGGAGAUUGCUCGGGCUUCUGUGGACACAGAUAUUCACAUCGACAUGCAUGGCGUGUUUGUUCCUCAACGCACAUAGACUUUCCUUCACGCCUCACAGACAAUCCCUGUUUUAGAGGUGUAAAAAAAGCACUCAAACAACCUUUUACAUAAUGAAAUGCCCUGAAGUACUGUGACAGGGCAGUGAAAUAAAAAGAUAAAAGUGUGAACCUAA